AUGACAAACAUCCGAAAAACACACCCACUAAUAAAAAUUGUUAACAGCUCAUUCAUCGAUCUACCAGCACCAUCAAACAUCUCAUCAUGAUGAAACUUCGGAUCACUCUUAGGAAUCUGCCUAAUUCUCCAAAUUCUUACAGGAUUAUUCCUAGCUAUACACUACACGUCAGACACAGCAACAGCCUUCUCAUCAGUCACACAUAUCUGCCGAGACGUGAAUUAUGGCUGACUUAUCCGGUAUUUACACGCAAAUGGAGCAUCCAUAUUUUUUAUUUGUUUAUUUCUACACGUAGGACGAGGCCUAUACUACGGGUCUUAUAUAUUUAUAGAGACCUGAAACAUCGGGGUGUUACUGUUAUUUGCUGUGAUAGCUACCGCAUUCAUAGGGUACGUUUUACCAUGGGGUCAAAUAUCCUUUUGAGGUGCAACGGUAAUUACAAAUUUACUGUCAGCCAUUCCUUACAUCGGAACAGACUUAGUAGAAUGAAUUUGAGGUGGGUUCUCAGUAGACAAGGCCACACUCACACGAUUCUUUGCCUUCCACUUUAUCUUACCAUUUAUCAUUGCAGCACUAGCUGGAGUCCACCUACUAUUCCUUCACGAAACGGGAUCAAACAACCCGUCAGGACUCUCGUCAGAUACGGACAAAAUUCCAUUCCACCCCUACUACACCAUCAAGGAUAUCCUAGGAGCACUAAUCCUAAUUCUAGCUCUGUCAUCAUUGGUAUUAUUUUCACCUGACCUACUAGGAGACCCAGAUAAUUACAUUCCAGCAAACCCACUAAACACACCACCCCAUAUUAAACCCGAAUGAUAUUUUCUGUUUGCAUAUGCCAUUCUACGAUCAAUCCCUAAUAAACUAGGAGGCGUACUGGCCCUAGUGUCCUCAAUCCUGGUAUUAGCACUAAUACCAUUCUUACAUACUUCAAAACAACGAAGUAUAAUAUUCCGACCAAUCAGCCAAUGCUUAUUCUGACUUCUAGUAGCAGACCUAUUUACUCUCACAUGAAUUGGAGGACAACCUGUAGAACACCCAUUUAUUAUCAUCGGCCAACUAGCAUCCAUCCUAUACUUCUCACUCAUCCUAGUACUUAUACCACUAGCAAGCCUAAUAGAAAAUAACCUACUCAAAUGAAGA